AUGUUAAGAUCAUCUGUUGUUCGUUCUCAAGCAGCUCUAAGACCACUUUUAAGACGUUCUUACUCUGCUUUUAAAGAUAUCAAAUUUGGUGUUGAAGGUAGAGCGGCUCUACUAAAAGGUGUUGAAACUUUAGCUGAUGCUGUUUCAGCCACUUUAGGUCCAAAGGGUAGAAAUGUUUUAAUUGAACAGCCUUUCGGUGCUCCAAAGAUUACUAAAGAUGGUGUCACUGUGGCAAAGGCAAUUGUCUUACAAGAUAAAUUUGAAAAUAUGGGUGCUAAAUUAUUACAAGAAGUCGCUGCUAAGACCAACGAAGCCGCUGGUGAUGGUACUACCUCUGCUACUGUUCUUGGUAGAGCCAUCUUCACUGAAUCUGUUAAAAACGUCGCUGCUGGUUGCAAUCCAAUGGACUUAAGAAGGGGUUCUCAGCUUGCAGUAGAAAAAGUCAUUAAAUUUUUAUCUGAAAAUAAGAAAGAAGUUACUACCUCUGCUGAAAUUGCUCAAGUAGCAACUAUCUCUGCUAAUGGUGAUUCCCAUGUUGGUAAGUUAUUGGCCUCUGCUAUGGAAAAAGUCGGUAAAGAGGGUGUUAUUACCAUUAGAGAAGGUAGAACUUUGGAAGAUGAACUAGAAGUCACUGAAGGUAUGAGAUUUGAUCGUGGUUAUAUCUCUCCAUAUUUCAUCACUGAUGCUAAAUCUGGUAAGGUCGAAUUUGAAAAACCUUUAAUUUUAAUAAGUGAAAAGAAAAUCUCUUCUAUCCAAGAUGUUUUACCUGCUUUAGAGUUAUCUAACCAAAGUAGAAGACCUUUAUUAAUUCUUGCUGAAGAUAUUGAUGGUGAAGCAUUAGCAGCUUGUAUCUUGAACAAGUUAAGAGGUCAAGUUAAGGUUUGUGCCGUUAAGGCACCAGGUUUCGGUGAUAACAGAAAGAACUCUUUAGGUGACAUUGCAAUUUUGACUGGUGGUACUGUUUUUACUGAAGAAUUAGACUUGAAACCAGAGCAAUGUACUUUACAACAUUUAGGUUCUUGUGAUUCCAUCACUGUUACAAAAGAAGACACUGUCAUCUUAAAUGGUAAUGGUGCUAAGGAGGCUAUUCAAGAAAGAAUUGAGCAAAUUAAGAACUCUAUCGAUAUUACUACCACUAAUUCUUAUGAAAAGGAAAAAUUGCAAGAACGUUUGGCUAAAUUAUCUGGUGGUGUUGCCGUUAUUAGAGUAGGUGGCGCUUCUGAAGUCGAAGUCGGUGAAAAGAAGGAUCGUUAUGAUGACGCCUUGAAUGCCACCAGAGCUGCUGUCGAAGAAGGUAUUUUACCAGGUGGUGGUACUGCUUUAGUUAAGGCAUCUAGAAUCUUAGAUGAUGUUGAAGUUGAAAAUUUUGACCAAAAGUUAGGUGUUGAUAUCAUCAGAAAGGCCAUCACUAAGCCAGCUAAGCAAAUCAUCGAAAAUGCCGGUGAAGAAGGUUCUGUGAUUGUUGGUAAAUUGAUUGAUGAAUUUGGUGAAGAUUUUGCUAAAGGUUACGAUGCUUCCAAGGGUGAAUAUACUGAUAUGAUCUCUGCUGGUAUCAUUGAUCCAUUCAAAGUUGUUAGAACCGGUUUAGUGGACGCUUCUGGUGUUGCUUCUCUAUUAGCUACUACUGAAGUUGCUAUUGUUGAUGCUCCUGAACCACCAGCUUCUCAAGGUGGUAUGCCAGGCGGUAUGCCAGGUGGCAUGCCAGGUAUGAUGUGA